AUGGUGCGUCAGCUCCACAAUGGCAUGACGGCGCGAUUUACAGACAAUGGAGUUGUCUCAGAGGUAUUCGCAGCGACAAACGGAGUGAGUCAGGGCUGCGUCUUCAGGCCUACCAUCUUCGGUCUCACGUUAUCCGCCACGCUGAUAGACGCCUGCCGCGACGAACGCCCCGGGAUCCGCGUCGCCUGCAGAACGGACGGCCACCUCUUCAGUCAGCGGCUGAUGCGCUUCCAGUUGCUUGUAUCUGCAACCACCGUCCACGAACUUCUGUUAGUCAACGACUGCAUCGUCCAUGCGGCUAAUGAAGGGGACAUGCAAAGGAGCAUAUAUCUCUUAUUCGCCGCCUGCAAGAACUUCGGCCUGAUCAGCAACACGGAGAAAACGGUUGUAAUGCACUAA